AUGUCUUCUUCGCUCCAAUUGCUUAAUCCGAAGGCGGAGUCUUUUAGACGCGGACAGGCACUACAAGUGAAUAUCAAUGCGGCUCAAGGUUUGCAACAAGUUUUGGCAUCGAACUUGGGACCUAAGGGAACGCUUAAAUUGUUGGUAGAUGGAUCUGGAGGAUUGAAGUUGACCAAGGAUGGGAAGGUAUUAUUAUCGGAAAUGCAGAUUCAACAUCCUACUGCAGUAUUGAUUGCUAGGGCAGCAACCGCACAAGAUGAAAUCACCGGUGAUGGUACAACCACAGUGGUUUUAUUGGUAGGUGAACUAUUAAAGCAAGCAGAAAGAUUUAUUGGCGAGGGUGUCCAUCCUCGAGUUAUUGUUGAUGCUUUUGAAGUUGCACGAGCCGAAAGUUUAGCAUUUUUAGACAAAUUUAAGCAGACAUUGGACCAUUUCGAUAGGGAAUUUUUGUUACAGAUUGCUAGGAGUUCGUUAGUCACUAAAGUCACACUGGAAGUAUCAGAUAUUUUGACCCCUAUAGUUACAGAUGCAGUUUUAACAGUGAAGGAUGACGAGCUUGCGCUUGACUUGCACAUGAUUGAAAUCAUGACCAUGCAGCAUGGCAGUGCCAGGGAAACUGAAUUGAUUAGAGGUUUAGUAUUAGAUCAUGGUGCUCGCCACCCCGAUAUGCCAAAGAAAGUGAAGAAUGCUCAUAUUUUGAUAUUGAAUGUCUCCUUGGAGUAUGAAAAGACAGAAGUUAAUUCCGGAUUUUUUUAUUCAUCAGCCGAACAGCGCGAGAAAUUGGUUGCUUCCGAGAGGAGAUUUGUCGAUGAGAAGUUGAAAAAGAUUAUUGAUUUGAAAAAUGAGGUUUGUGGAGAUAUAAAUUCGGACCAUGGGUUUGUUAUAAUCAAUCAAAAGGGGAUAGAUCCAAUGUCGUUGGAUGUAUUGGCCAAAAAUGGUAUAUUAGCUUUGAGAAGAGCAAAACGAAGAAAUAUGGAACGAUUGCAGUUGAUUUGUGGCGGUGAAGCACAAAACUCUGUUGAAGACUUGACUCCAGAGAUUUUGGGUUUUGCUGGUUUGGUUUACGAGAACAGUAUAGGUGAGGAUAAAUUUACCUAUGUCACAGAAUGUAAGGAUGCUAAAGCUGCAACUAUUUUGAUUAAAGGUUCCAAUCAACAUGUAUUGCUGCAAACUAAGGAUGCAAUAAGGGACGGACUAAGAGCUGUGGCUAAUGUCGUAAAAGAUAAGAGUAUUGUACCAGGUGCUGGGGCUUUUUGGUUGAGUUGUAAUAAUCAUUUGCUAAAUGACAAAUCGAUAUCAAAGGGGAAGAGCAAACCAGGUAUACAUGCAUUUUCCGAGUCUUUAUUGAUUAUACCCAAAACGUUAUCCGCCAAUGCAGGAUUAGAUCAAUUGGAGACCAUCUCCAAUUGCCAAGACGAGAUAGCUGAUGGUCACGUAGUAGGUGUUGAUUUGUCCAGUGGAGAGCCUUUGGAUCCUACAGUCGAAGGUAUUUGGGAUUCGUAUCGGGUUAUUAGAAAUGCUAUAAGUUCGGCUACAGGUAUUGCAUCUAAUUUACUUUUAUGUGAUGAGUUGUUGAAAGCUGGUAGAUCUUCGUUAAAAGAAGGCGGUGCUGGUGCCCCUGGUGCCCCUGGUGCUGCUCCACCCCAGAGUAUGCCCCCCCCAGGAAUGAUGUAA